UAGCUUUAGAAGCGAAUGUCUCUUUGGACGCAUUGAAAAAUGAAAAUUUUGCUAAUUUUUGCCAUUUUGGCAACAUCAUUGAUAGCCAUCAGGGCUCAGUGCAUAAGUCUCAUGCAUUUGACUCAACGCUAUCAAAUUCUAAUACAAAUCAAGACACAGCUGGAGAAACGAGUUGUCGAAUUGCAAACGAUCUUGAAUAGUCAUCCGAAUAUAGACCCGCAAAUUUUGGCGUUUAACGCAUCGAUCGCGAUUCUUCAGCAGCAACCUUGUCAAGUGAUAGUUCAACCCAAUUAUAAUGAAAUCCAAUGGACUUUGAAAAAUGAACUGUCGGACCUUCUAUCCAGCGCACAGAGCCUGAAGUCAAACGUUGCCAAUAUGCUUCAAGAAGCGAAUAUGGCCCUAAACUCUUACCAACACUGCUUUAAUCAGCUGCAAGUAGCGGGGCCGCCGCCGACUUGUCCGACGACACCGCAGCCCCCGCCGAAUCCACCGCCACCCACGAGUCCUCCGCAAAGACCACACUCUAGCUGCGCUGACUUAGGCUUUUUUGCGGGCAUAACCACGAUUACUCUGCCCGGUGGGGACCCGCUUAGCGUUUUAUGCGAUUCUCAGACAGCAGGACCCGGCUGGUUGGUCAUCCAGAACCGAUUCGAUGGCUCCGAAGAUUUUUAUAGAAGUUGGGCUGAAUAUCGAAACGGCUUCGGGAGCCUUAACGGGGAAUUCUUCCUCGGAUUGGAGAAUAUUUACCGGCUAACCAGCUAUCAACGGCACGAGCUGUAUAUCUAUGUGCAGACUUUUAGUAAUGAUAUUUAUUGGGCUCGAUACGAUAACUUUUAUAUAGGUUCUGAGUUCGAAAACUACAGGCUGAAAAGCGUCGGUAAGUUUGAAGGCAUGCAAGAACGAUUGUCUAAACAUGUGGGCAAAGAUUUUUCGACCUAUGACCGAGAAAAUAGCCAUCAAGCCUUCUCUCAAAAAUAUCGAGGCGGCUAUUGGUAUUACAAGGGCUUAGUGAAAGGAAGCAACCUUAAUGGCAAAUAUUUCCGAUCGGGCGUGGAUGAUAUAUCAAGCAUGCACUGGUUCCAUAUGAACUCUAAUAGAGCAACCAAAAUGCUGAUUCGACCGGUGGGUCGAUAUUAAAAUUUAUUUUUCAAUCAUAUAAAGUCAAAAUAUAUAUCGAAAUAAAAAGUGCAAUCAAAAGUCGAAGUGCUUUACCUAACCCACUGGAA